AGGCUGCACAAGGCCACCUGUCCCCUCUGGCUUUGGGUUGACCAGAAGACCAAGCUGGACCUGUCCCCAGCCCCCAGGUGCCACCACUAAUCCCACCUAAGGCCCAUCCACGCCCUGCUGCAGCUCCCUGCUGGAGGACAGGCAUGGCCCCAACUAGCAGCUGUGCCCCACGCAGGCCACAGGGGAGGGAAUCCAGGAGGCCACCCGCAUAAGGUCCGCCUUCUGCUUCAUGCUGGCCAGUUCUGUGGCACCUUCCUGUGACCUUGGCCUUUGUUGACUCCUGCCGGUGAGGCCACCUGCUCCCUGUCCUCCAGCCUCCCACAAAUCUCCACCCACUCUGGUUCUCAUGCCUGGGUCCUGCCUCAGUUCUGCCAGGCCUUCAGGGGGCACCAGGCCCUCCCACGCAGCAGUGCUGUCCUUGGAGCCCCCACAGCCCCUUCCAAAUGGGCAGAGCCCCUGGGAUGGGGUGGUGGGCUGAAUUGGCACCCAGAAGACAUCUGACCCCAUCCCUGGGACCUCUGCAUGUUCAUUUAUAUGCCAAAAAGGGCCCUCGCAGAUGUGAUUGAGGAUGGUGAGAUGGGGACACUGUCCCCACUAUCUGGAAGGACCUUAAUAUAGGCACAUGGAUAAGGGAACAGAGGACAGGUGACAGUGGAGGAAGCCAUGUGCCCUCGGAGCAGAUUAAAGUGACGUGCCACAAGCCAAGGAUUGCCAGCAACCAUCAGAAACUAGAAGACGGGGAAGGAUCCUCCCUGGAGCCUCUGGAGUGACCCUGCUGACCCCGCCAUCUCAGGCCUUGGGCCUCCAGAACUGACAGGAUGAGUUCCUGGCGUUUUGAGCCACCGCAUUUGUGGUGGGUGGGGCAAGCGGCCUCAGGAAAUGAACAUGAAUGGGAAAGUGAAGAAUUCCAAGAAACAACUGGACCCAAGGCUUGGCCUGGCCCAGCUCCUAACUGCUGCCCCGCCCUUAAGACCUGGUCACUUGGGAUCUCCCCAGGCCUAAACACCUCAAAAAGAUCUCCUACUGCCUGGCCAGCAACUUGGAAUGGGCCUUGCAGUCCUACCCUUCCUGGCCACCAGGCCAGGCAGCCCUGAUGCUGGAGGGCCACACUCCCUGUCCUGGGCCCCUGGCGUCUUGCCGAGUUGCCUGCAUCUCAUGGCUGCUGCACCAGGAAGGCAGGAGUUGGGGCUGUGGCAAGGAACCUGUAGAAAUAAGCACGUGUCACCAACCUGUCUGCAUGGAAACCGCCCAGACACCCUCAGGUGUGCACGUGUCCCCGGGAAGGUCAGGCUACCGACCUUUAAAGCCUGAGCGAGCACACACUGCCUGCACAGAGCCCUGAGCCCAGCAGCCAGGACUGCCCGCCGUGCUGCUUCAGAGGCUUCCCUUUGUAGGCUCUUUUGUUUUUUUUUUUUAAUGAAAGGAGAAAAUUGAUAUAAAAGAAACUAGAUUCUUGGCAGAAUUGCUGUCAUCUCUGUGGACAUCAUCGUCACCUCAGGAUGAGGGGCAUGAGGCUGCUGGGAGGGCUGCUGGCUCUGGCCGGCCUGCUGCAGGUGGUCCCGUCGCUGAGAAUUGCAGCCUUCAACAUCCGGACUUUUGGGGAGACCAAGAUGUCCAAUGCCACCCUCUCCGACUACAUUGUGCAGAUUCUGAGUCGCUACGACAUUGCCCUGGUCCAGGAGGUCAGAGACAGCCACCUGACGGCCGUGGGGAAGCUGCUGGACAAACUCAAUCAGGACACACCAGACACCUACCACUAUGUCGUCAGUGAGCCGCUGGGACGCAACAGCUACAAGGAGCGCUACCUCUUUGUGUACAGGCCUGACCAGGUGUCCGUGCUGGACAGCUACUACUAUGACGAUGGCUGUGAGCCCUGUGGGAAUGACACCUUCAGCCGAGAGCCAGCCAUCGUCAAGUUCUCCUCCCCCUUCACGGAGGUCAGGGAGUUUGCCAUCGUGCCCCUGCACGCAGCCCCGACAGAUGCGGUGGCUGAGAUUGACGCCCUCUAUGAUGUCUACCUGGAUGUCAGACAGAAGUGGGACAUGGAGGACAUCAUGUUGAUGGGUGACUUCAACGCCGGCUGCAGCUAUGUGACCCCCUCCCAGUGGCCAUCCAUCCGCCUGCGUACGAACUCUGCCUUCCAGUGGCUGAUACCUGACUCGGCUGACACCACGGUUACGUCCACGCACUGUGCCUACGACCGCAUUGUGGUCUCAGGGUCGCUGCUCCAAGGCGCCGUGGUUCCGGGCUCGGCUGCUCCUUUCGACUUCCAAACUACGUACGGCCUGAGUGAGGAGCUGGCCCUGGCUGUCAGUGACCACUACCCCGUGGAGGUGACAUUGAAGAAAGCCUGACCUGGGCUGUGUCACCAAGGUACCCUGCCUUCUCACAGCCUGGACAAAAAGUCUGUCAGGUAGAUUAAGAAAUACCUUUUAAUUUAGGUAAAUAAACUUCAAGGUUCUCA